AUGACUGAGAAUCUCAGUGACUCAGUCCUCUCCGGCUCCCCCCUACCCCCAGACUCCAGUUCUUCUCCAGUUUCUAGACGACUUCUUCAGUUCUUGGGCCGCCGGCCGCCCUGCUCCGAAGUCCGGAGACCGGAGUUCUCGCUCAGCCACUCAGGUAGUCAAGCACUGCGUGACCCGGGCCCGGGCCCCGGCGAGGCAGGCUUCAAGUGGGUCGAGGAGGAGGAGAACCUCCAGGAACUCAAAGAGCUCACCAACUCGAAAUUUGAGGGGAUGAGGCAGAACAAGAUCGCGACCAAUCUAAGAGGGGUUGUUCAGACGAAGGAGAUUUUGUCGAAGCAGGCGGUGCAGACGAAAGAAAAGACCAAAGAAAUUCUGUCGAAGCAGGCUGUCAAGAUCGCCAAGCAAGCCGAGGAGCAUGAACGGAUUUUGUUCAAGGUGACCCAUUUGAUUGGUGUUCUUGGAUUUGGUGGCUUUUGCUUCAUACUGGGGGCACGGCCGCAAGAUAUCCCUUACGUGUAUUGCUUGUUCUAUGUUACAUUUGUUCCUCUUCGGUGGAUAUAUUAUCGGUACAAGAAAUGGCAUUAUUACCUUCUGGAUUUCUGCUACUAUGCAUACAAUCUCAUUAUCAUGCUCCUCUUCUUUCCGAAAAAUGAGACUUUCAUGGUUUGCUUUCUUUUGCUGAAGGGACUUGGUUGGGCGCUGAUCGUAUGGCGUUGCAGCUUGGUUUUCAGUUCCCUCGACAAAAUUGUUAGUGUGCUAAUACAUCUCUUACCUGGUAAGCUGAUAGUCUUCUUCACUAUUCGGUGGUGGAAUCCAGAAACUUUUGCUGCUAUGCACCCAGAGGGGAGAGCGGCAAGAGUCUCCUGGCCCUAUGUGGAGGAUAAGUCGUACCUAUGGAUGUGGUUAUUUUUUGUUCCUUUAGUUGCAUACACACUGUGGCAGCUUCUCUAUUUCCUCAUUGUGAAUGUCCUACGUCGCCAGAGACUUCUGCAGGAUCCUGAAGUAAUGACUUCUUACAGGGAACUCUCAAAGAAGGCACAGAAGGCAAACAACAUCUGGUGGCGGUUAAGUGGCUUGCUCGGCGAUCAGAACCGCCCCACCAUGUAUAUCUUGUUCCAAGGAAUCUUCACCGUUGCAACCAUGGCUCUCACGGUCCCCAUCUCUUCCUACGAGAUGCAUGUGAUUUUUCAAGUCCUCAAAGUCUCUGCAACCACAUGGAACGGUGGGAGCUUUCUUCUGGAAGUCAUGCCAAGGCAGGUGGUCCUGAAGGAGAAGAAGAAACUGGAGAUGAAGCCCAUCCUGGAGCAGCCUCAACAGCCCGCGGUAGAUCUCUCAAGCACCAACCAGUACACAUCUGACAACCCGACGAGCAAAAUAAUUCACAAGACAUAAGAUAGUUCUGCCUUGCCUGCUGAGUUAGCACUGUCGAAGCAGCAAUCGGUCCAUUUAAUUUCCUUCCUUUUAGCAAAUUGUAGUCUAUGGGUGGUGGUUGGUUUGUUGGUAAACAGUUCUUUCAGAGCUCUUUCUUGUACGUUUGCCUUGAAAUCAUUGUGUGGGUUUUUCACAUUGUGUAAAGAACCUUUACAGCAGAUGCAGAUUGAUUAUGUUGCUUGUUAAAUUAUUUCUACAGUAGGAGAGUUCAUUUAUGU